AAAACUUAUUAAAUUAAAACAGUAUAUUUGUGAAGAAUGUGGAGAUUAUUUGCAACUGAGUAGUUCAGAUAGAAUUGAUUUUUUGAUCGAUGAGAAAACGUGGGCUCCUUUCGAUGAAGACAUUCUUUCUCGGGACCCCCAUUCAAUUUGAUGAAGACUCUUCUGAAGAAUCAUCGGAAUACCCUUAUGAAGACUUUUCAGAAGACUCUUCUGAAGAAUCGUUGGAAUACCCUUAUGAAGACUUUUCAGAAGACUCUUCUGAAGAAUCGUCGGAAUACCCUUAUAAAGACCCUUCUAAAUACUUUUAUCAAGUAUUUUCUAAUUAUGAAAACUCUUAUGAAGAGGAUCUUGAUUUUUAUCAAAUAGAAACAGGCUUAACCGAAGCUGUUCAAACAGGUCUAGGCCAAGUCAACGGUAUUACUGUAGCAAUAGGGGUUAUGGAUUUUAAGUUUAUGGGGGGUAGUAUGGGAUCCGUAGUCGGAGAGAAAAUAACCCGUUUAAUUGAGUACGCUACAGAAAAUUUUUUGCCUCUGAUUAUAGUGUCGGCGUCCGGGGGUGCGCGAAUGCAAGAAGGAAGUUUAAGUUUGAUGCAAAUGGCUAAAAUAUCAUCUGCUUUAUACAAUUAUCAAUCGAAGAAAAGAUUAUUUUUAUAUAUCAAUCCUUACAUCUCCUACAGCUGGUGGAGUAACAGCGAGUUUCGGUAUGUUAGGGGAUAUUAUCAUUGUUGAACCUAAUGCUUACAUUGCAUUUGCAGGCAAAAGAGUAAUUGAACAAACAUUAAAUCAAAACCAUACCUGACGAGGCACAAGAAGCUGAAUUUUUAUUUGAGAAGGGUUCAUUUGACUUAAUUGUACCACGUCAUCUUCUAAAAAGCGUUAUUAGUGAGUUAUUUACGUUUCAUGACCGGGGCACUUUCUUUCAUUCAAAGUUCAAAUUCAUUUGAACUUUGAGUGAAAGAAAAUAAUUAUAUUGAUUUUAGAUUGAUAUAAAUAGUUAGAUAAAAACUCACAGAUACAAAUAAAUAUAGUAAAAAAAAUACCUUUUCUAUGAGUGACUUUCCGUCUCUUUUUAUACCAUUAGUAGGCUUAGUAUUGCCGGCAAUUGCAACGUUUUAUUUAUUUAUUACUGUUCAAGAAAAAUAAAAAUUUUUAGAUAUUUUAUAUAUUGAGAUCCUCCCUUUUUUGUAAGUUGCUUUUUUUUGUAUCAUAACAGGAAGAUCUGUGGAAUCAUAUUGACUUAAGGCGUUAUUUUUUUCUAUCUAACCAAGUUUAUGAAUUACCCCUAAAGGUUUACAUCAAACUAGUGCUAGAUUCUCAUCAAACAAAUAUUCGUUUGAUGAGAAUUACUUUUGAAAUAGCAAAGUUCCUAAUUAAUGGUUUUUUUUCUUAAUUCCAAUAAAAUAAAAUAAAAUCGGAUGUAAUAUGAGUUGGCAAUCAAAACAUAUAUGGAUCGAACUUAGACCUGGGUCUAGAAAAAUAAGUAAUUUAGGUUGGGCUUUUACUCUUUUUUUAGGUUCAUUGGGAUUCUUAUUAGUAGGAACUUCCAGUUAUCUUGGUAUAAAUUGGAUAUCCUUUUUUUCAGCCCAGCAAAUUCUUUUUUUCCCACAAGGAAUAGUCAUGUCAUUCUACGGAAUUGCGGGUCUUUUUAUUAGCUCGUAUUUGUGGUGUACUAUUUUAUGGAAUGUUGGUAGUGGUUAUGAUCAAUUCGAUAGAAAAAGGGGAAUUUUUUGUAUUUUUCGUUGGGGAUUCCCUGGAAUAAAUCGGCGCAUUUUCCUCCGAUUCAAUAUAAAAGAUAUAAGGUCUAUUCGAAUAGAAGUGAAAGAAGGUAUUUAUGCUCGUCGUGUCCUUUAUAUGGACAUCCGAGGCCAGAGGGCUAUUCCUUUGACUCGUACUAAUGAGAAUUUCACCCCGGGAGAAAUUGAAAAAAAAAGCUUCAGAAUUGGCCUAUUUUUUGCGUGUACCGAUUGAAGUAUUUUGAGAAGGGGGC